AUGGAAAGGCUAGAGAACCAGGGUCAUAAAGGACUAUCUGGGCCGACAAAAUGGCUGAAAGAGAGAUUCGAUAGAAUCAGACAGGUCCCCGGAUUUCUACUUCCUCGAUAUUUCGGAUUGGCCAUCCAAACGGCAUAUACCACAGCUGUGGAGAGAGCCACCACUCAAUUCACAAGUGAGAUCAACCAAGGCACCGAAUUUCUCAAGGGACUGUCAUUGGUCUCUUUGCAAAUGACUGGAUUCAUGAAAUCUACUUCGUUGUGGCCAAAUAAAGAGGUCGCUUGCAUGGCUGCUGGUUUACCCCAUUUUUCAUACGAUUACAUGCGUUGUUGGGGUAGAGAUAUCUUCAUCUCAAUACGCGGUCUCUAUCUCGCAACUGGCCGCUAUGAGGAUGCAAAAGAACAUAUCCUGGCCUUUGGCUCCGUACUUAAGCACGGGAUGAUCCCCAAUCUCCUUGAUAGCGGACGCAAACCGCGAUACAAUGCUCGUGAUAGCAUUUGGUUUUACCUCCAAAUUAAACGGCGUUUUUUGCCCUAUGACGAUACUUGGUUCGACUACGAUGAUGAGCGGGCGUACAGUAGGGAAAGCACAAUCGGGGAGAUCGUCCAGGAGGCACUUGAGAGGCAUGCACUAGGCUUUGGCUUCCGUGAAGCAAAUGCCGGACCAGGCUUGGACACACAAAUGAAAUAUGAAGGGUUCUGGGUUGAGGUUAAGACAGACUGGGAAACCGGUUUUGUGAAAGGCGGCAGCCAAUGGAACUGCGGAACUUGGAUGGACAAGAUGGGAGAGAGUGAAAAGGCGGGGAACAAAGGAUAUCCUGGUACCCCAAGAGAUGGAUCAGCAGUUGAAAUCAUUGGCCUUUUGUAUAGCACACUCAAAUGGGUCUCACAGCUCAAAGCCCAGGGAAUAUACAAGUGGGACAGCGUUAAAACCAGCGACGGGCAAGUGAUCACAUUCAACGAAUGGGCGGAUACAAUCAAGAAAAAUUUCGAGAGAUGCUACUACAUUCCAAAAAACCCGGAUGAUGACAAAAACCAUGUUGUCAACCUAGCGUGUGUUAAUAGAAGAGGUAUCUAUAAAGAUUUGUUCGGUGGAGGGAAAGAAUAUGAAGAUUACCAACUCAGGCCAAACUUUGCGAUCGCUAUGGUUGUUGCUCCCGAUCUUUUUGAUCCCGAUCAUGCGCUAGGGGCAAUCGAGAUUGCAGAUGAAGCACUGAGGGGGCCUACUGGUAUGGCCACGCUUGAUCCUAUUGAUCGCAACUACCGGCCAUACUACCAUAAUUCGGAAGACUCAGAUGACUUCGCUACCUCAAAGGGACGAAACUAUCAUCAAGGGCCAGAGUGGGUUUGGCCUACUGGCUACUUUCUGAGGGCGAUGCUGAAAUUUGAUCUGCAACGAAAGAAGACAAAGGAAGAAAAGCUUGAGACACUUCUACAGAUCAAUUUAAGGAUGGACGGCUGCCGCAAGGCUCUCUAUGAAAAUCCUUGGGCUGGUUUGGCUGAGUUAACAAAUAAGCACGGAGAGUUCUGUUAUGAUUCGAGCCCUACACAGGCGUGGUCAGCUUCAUGCUUAAUCGAUCUGUAUCACGAUGCUGCAAGUAUCGACUUAUCAAAGUAA